GUGGAAAGCUCCAGGCCUGAUGACGCUACCAGCAUGGGAAGUCUAUCUCUACCUGCUUAUUGCAGUUGGCUCUCAUUUUUAUUCUUUCUAUGAAGUAUACAAAGUUUCCAAAAAGUAUGAAGACAAAAUUGACAGAGAUUUUGGAUUGGAACAGGGCACUCUGUUUCAUGGGCUUAAAAAGGAUUCCCUGGAUUUUGAGUGGAGUUACUGGAUAGAAUGGGGAAGGGAACAUAUCCUGUGGCUUCUGGUUGGUCAUCUACUAGUGUCGCAAAUGUCCCAACUCUUUCUGGAAAAGUAUAAACCUUGGUGUCUGAUGGUAUAUGGAAUGGUGGCUUGCUGGUUUCUGUUAGGAAUUAAGGGCUUGUCAGUGAUUUUACUACAUGCAAUUACUUCAUUUGCUGUGGCUCAAUUUAAGAUGCCAGUUCUGACAUGGAUGUGCUCUCUUACCCUGUUAUCUACUUUACACAUACCAGCUGUAGAAGAAGCAAAGAGAAAAUGGUAUGACACUGAAAAUGAGUAUUACCUGCUUCUGUUCACCCUGUCUGUUCGUUGCCUCUUCUACACUAGCUUCAGCCUAGAAUAUUGUUGGCAUGGAUCUACCCAGAAAUCAUCCCAUUCAUUCCUGUGGAUGCUGGCAUACGUGUUUUAUUAUCCUGUGUUCCACUACGGACCCCUUAUGAACUUCGAUGAGUUUAGUAAGCAGAUGAGGAGACAAGAAGCCUUCAGUUUGAAGACAAAUCUUGGAAUUUUAAUCAUGGGCGUGAUUCGCAUCUUUUUUUGGUGGUUGCUGGCUGAGCUGAUGAUUCACCUCAUGUAUAUCCAUGCUAUCUACAGUAGUUCUCCACCUCUGGAAACUGUGUCAUACUGGGCUUUAGGUGGCCUGGCUUUAGCUCAAGUACAAUUUUUUUAUGUGAAAUACCUGGUUCUGUAUGGUGUUCCUGGCCUCCUCCUCCGAAUGGAUGGACUGAAACCUCCAGCUCUUCCUUGCUGUGUAAGCAGGAUGCACAGUUUCACUAAAAUGUGGAGAUGUUUUGAUGUUGGGCUACAUCGUUUUCUGGUCAGGUACAUUUACAUCCCAAUGGGAGGAUCUCAGGCUAGCACGAUUGGGAUGCUCUUUUCCUCAGCGCUCACUUUUGCUUUUGUGAGCUACUGGCAUGGAGGCCAGAGCUACCUUUGGUACUGGGGGACUUUUAACUGGCUCGGACUAAUUGUGGAAAACGGCAUCAGGAGGCUACUCUGUGCUCCAUCCAUUCAGCACUUAACCGAUCGUUUCUUCUCACCAAGAAUUAAUCGUCGACUUCAUGCUGUCCUGGCAUCUGUUUGCACUUCGAUGUUGAUUUUAUCAAAUUUAAUAUUUCUUGGAGGAAAUAAAGUUGGAAAAAUCUACUGGAACCGGAUCUUUAUGGAAGGCUGGCCAUGGGCAACGCUCUCUGUUCUUGGAUUCCUCUACUGCUUCUCUCACAUUGGCAUUGAAUGGGAGCAGACGCACGCGGUGAAAUGA